CGACUCGUAGCGGAGAUUCUGGAACUAAAUUACAAAAAUAACGAGUCUAAUAAUUCCGUAAACCCGUUAUUCUUGUAAUGGGUACAUUAGUAAUGUAACGAGUCGUCAUUAUACUUAACGAGAAACUGAAGUAGUAAACCGAACAUUCGCAGCACGUUGUAAACGAUAUAUAUUUGGCAUUUACGUGUGCAUACGUAUGCGUAUGAAGAAAAAUUCAUUUUCCUUGCAUCGAAGAAAAACAAUAACCUAAAGAAGCAUGUAAUAGCAUUUCUAAAAAAAAGCAGCAGUCUGGGAUAAUAAAAGAAGAAGCUGCAAGUUUAGUACUUGUUGAAAUCCAAGAACAAUCAUGACUACUUCCAUCAACACUGCUAUGGAUAGUCUCAGCGCUGCACUUAAAUCCAACAUAAUCCCCAAUCAAGAGUAUCUACUGCAGGGAUCUGUGCUGGACAGUUGUGUAGAAGUACUAUUACACAGAUUGGGCGGUCUUUGUGAUAAUGUUGAUAUUGGGCAUGAGCAAUUCGAUGAUCACGAGAUGUGUUUUAGUAUUCGCAGAGGUGCUCCACAGGAACAACCUUUGCUCCUGCGUGUUCGACGUGCAUUGGAUCAAAACCACGCAGACAUGCCAUGGCAAUUACGUUAUAUUGGUCAACCAGAAUUAGGUGACAAAUCACGACCGACGAUUGUUCGUAGCAGCAUUGACAUAGCCACCAGCAAUACUGUAGUGGAAUUCUUAACCGAGCUUGGUUGCAAAUUGGACUUCGAGUACAUAGCACGUGGUUAUAUGUUCCGCAAGGGUCGUAUGAAAAUUACUGUAACAAAGAUUUUCAAAAUGAACCAAGGCAAAAUGGAAGGUGGCGGCAUGGAGCCGAUAUCACAGAGUUACCUGGUGGAACUGAGUGUGCUGGCACCCAGUGGACAGGAUGCUAUCGCGGAAGACAUGAGGAUAUUCGCGGAACAAUUACGACCAUUGGUACAGCUCGAAAAGAUAGAUUACAAGAGACUGGUUCAUUAAACGUAGGAUCUUAAUUAUGAUGUAAUAGGAAGUGUAUGGGGCAUCAUAACCCUUCUAGGUAAAAGUAUUGUUAAGUUACAUGUAUAUCUGCCGAGAGAACUUCCCUAUAUAUAUAUAUAUAAUGAUUAUAUAAUUUUAACUAAAGUUAGUGUCUAAAACUCAAUUCCCCAAAAAUCGAGAUUUGAAUAUUAAAUUAUGUAUGAAAAAAGAGUAGCAUUUAGGAAUUUAUAGAUAUUUUGCCUUCAACGAUUUUCCUACAUAUGAAAUUUGGAAUAAGAAACUGACACUGUAGUUCACGCUCCGUAUGAAUUUUUUUCGCAAUGCGCAAACGAAUAAAUAUUUUUUCCUUUGCAUCACGUAUUUUUCAAAAAUCUUAUUCAAACUGCCCCUGUGGAAAGGUGCUUAAUCGUCGGUAG